UCGAUUCAUCUCCGAUUGAGCCUCCUAUUGCUUCUCGCUUCACAUUUGUGAUGUGGAAUGUUGCUGGAUGUUUUUUAAACAGGAAUAAUCGCUCAGAUUCGUGUAUUUGCCGCUGAAAAUAGAAUGAACGUUUGUGUCUUUGUAUAGUCACGUCGUAGUCGCACAGCUGCUUCACUUUCUGUUGUAGUGUCGUUACAUUAAGGGUUGAAAUGUCGGCGUCGGAAGGAGCCAAAAACACGAAUACGGAACCAUGGGGUGGUUUUGAUGACAACAUUAUGAUUCAGGGCAGUGGCUCGGCGGUUAUAGACAUGGAGAACAUGGACGACACCUCUGGCUCCAGCUUUGAGGACAUGGGAGAAAUGCAUCAGCGUAUGAAGGAAGAGGAGGAAGUGGAAGCUGAGGCCGCAGCUACUGAGGACGACACUGGAGAAGAUGGAGAGUUCCUCGGCAUGAAGGGCCUUAAAGGCCAGCUAGGAAGACAAGUUGCCGAUGAGGUUUGGAAAGCAGGCAAGCGUGAGGCCUCAAAAGCCUUUAACCUGUAUGCGAACAUCGACAUCCUCCGACCUUACUUUGACGUUGAGCCUAUUCAAGUGAGAAACCGAUUAAUUGAAUCCAUGAUUCCACUCAAAAUGAUCAAUUUUCCACAGAAAAUUGCUGGGGAGUUGUAUGGACCAAUGAUGCUGGUGUUCACUCUGGUGGCCAUCCUGCUUCAUGGCAUGAAGACAUCUGGAACUGUUAUCAGAGAGGGCACACUGAUGGGAACUGCCAUUGGGACAUGUUUUGGCUACUGGCUUGGAACAUCGUCCUUCAUCUAUUUCGUGGCUUAUCUUUGCAAUUCUCAGAUCACCAUGCUCCAGAUGUUGUCUUUACUGGGCUAUGGUCUCUUUGGCCACUGCGUGGUCCUUUUCAUCACCUACAAUGUCCACUUUCACUCCCUGUUCUAUAUUCUAUGGCUGGUAAUCGGAGGACUUUCGACACUUCGAAUGGUGGCUGCGCUGGUUUCCCGUACAGUGGGUAAAACGCCUCGUCUCAUUUUGUGUGGCACACUGGCAGCACUCCACAUGCUUUUCCUUCUCUACCUGCAUUUCGCCUACCACAAGAUUGUUGAAGGUAUCCUGGACACCCUAGAAGGACCCAAUGUUCCCCCCAUUCAGAGAGUGGCCAGAGAUGUCUCUAAUGCCGCCACUGUUGUGAAUUCCACUGUGAAGUCUGUAGCCGCAAUCAUACACUCACGUUAAUCACUUGUUCUGAUGCUUUUCUCUUUGGACAAGGAAACUGGUUUGGGUGAAAAUGAACUGUGCACAGGAGAGUAACAAAGGGAAUUCAUAUCUAGCACCGUAGCUAGGCUUCAGUCCAGCUAUCAGUUAAAUAUAACCUGUAUGACACGAUGACCCACACAAGUUAUGGUCAUUUGAUGGCAUAAUUUGAUCUUGACCUGACUAUGCUUAGACAACAAAGUUUGCCAAACCAUUCGCUAUCAUCUCUGUACAUGGGUCUUAACUAUCAUAGUUCCCUGAGAUCAUCUGCUGUUGGGAAAAACCUUGUUGGGUAACAGAACAAUUGACUCCAAGUUGCUUUUAUUGGCAUUGGACACAUAAUUGCUUGUAUAAAAUGGCAACACUAAAGACUCAAUUGUGUAAGUAAAGUGCCCUGAACUUUGCCUCAUCUGAGUGAUUUAAAGGUUUUAAAUAGGGGCUAGCACUUGGCCUUUGUAACAGGGUGAAUUUUAUUUCACAGUUUUAUUUCACAGUUUUAUAAACAUGCCUAAUAUUGGACUUUUCUAACUGUUGGAAUUUGUGAGAAAAAUAAGAGGAGCUACUAUUGCAAAUAUGAUUCUUGUUAGGACAGUGCUAUUUAUUAUGAUAUUAAUGCUAUUGAGAAAUUAUAAUAUCCUAUACCCUGCACCUUCCAUAGAUGUUGUAACCUUUACUUUAAAUUUAAUUGGAUUAUACAGCGCCCUCCACAAAUAUUGGUGCCCUUGGUAAAUAUGAGCAAAGAAGGCGGUCAAAAGUGUCUUUAUUGUUUAACCCUUUGAUCUUUUGUUAAAAAAAAUCACACAAAUACUCUGCAAUUGUUUGAUAUACAUGAGAGCAAACACAACACAGGUUUAUCCAAACAAAAUAUAUCUUUGUUAAAUGUAGGUGUGCAACAAUUAUUGGCACUCUUUUAGUCAGUACUAUGUGCUGGCUCCCUUUGCCAAGAUAACAGCUCUGAGUCUUCUCCUAUGAUGCCUGAUGAGGUUGGAGAAUACAUGGCAAGUGAUCUGAGACCAUUCCUCCAUACAGAAUCUCUCCAGAUCCUUCAAAUGUUGAGGUCCACGCUGGUGGACUCUCCUCUUCAGUUCACCCCACAGGUUUUCUAUGUGUUUCAGGUCAGGUCACCUUGAUUUUGUGAUCAGUAAACCAUUUUGUGUUGAUUUUGAUGUAUGUUUUAGAUCAUUGUCUUGCUGGAAGAUCCAACCACAGCCCAUUUUAAGCUUUCUGGCAGAGGCAGUCAUGUUUUCAUUUAAUAUCUGUUGAUAUUUGAUUGAGUCCAUGAUGCCAUGUAUCCUAACAAAAUGUCCUGGUCCUCUGGCAGAAAAACAGCCCCAAAACAUUAAAGAGCCACCACCAUAUUUAACCGUGGCCAUGAGGUACUUUUCCAUAUGGCUACCUCUCUGUGUGCACCAAAACCACCUCUGGUGUUUAUUGCCAAAAAGCUCUAUUUUGGACCAUAGAACCCCAUUUGAAGUUCCAGUAGUGUCUGGCGAACUGAUGCUCGAGUUUGUUUUUGGAUGAGAGUAGAGGCUUUUUUUCUUGAAACCCUUCCAAACAACUUGUGGUGAUGUAGGUGACUUUGGAUUGUAGUUUUGGAGACUUUCUGACCCCAAGAUGCAACUAACUUCUGCAAUUCUCCAGCUGUGAUCCUCGAAUCAUCCUCUUCACAGUGCGUUGAGACAAUAUAAACACGUGCAAUUCCAGGUUGAUUCAUGAUAUUUCCAGUUGACUGGAACUUCUUAAUUAUUUCCCUGAUGGUGGAAAUGGACAUUUUCAAUGCUUGUGCUAUAUUCUUAUAGCCAGUUCCCAUUUUGUGAAGCUCAACAACCUUUUGCCGCACAUCACAGCUAUAUUCCUUGGUCUUACCCAUUGUUAUGAAUGACUAAGGGAAUUUGGCCUAUGUUACUUCAUGUUUAUACCCCUGUGAAACACGAAGUCAUAGUUGAACAAUUUCCUGUUCCUAGUCACACAGGUAUACUAAAAAAAAAAAAAUAUCAAUGGGAAUAUACUUCAAAUAUAUUUUUCUCAUAUGAAUUCAUAGGGGAGACAGUAAUGGUUGAACACAUAUAUUUAACAAAGACAAAAGAUCAAAAGGUUAAACAACAGACAAUUUUUCCACAGCCUUCUUUGCUCAUAUUUACCAAGGGUGCCAAUAUUUGUGGAGGGCACUGUACAUAUGCAGUUGUAACUGAAAAUUGAGACACUGUUAUUUAAUUAGUCAUUCUAGCUAAAUAUCCCUGAUAUUUGUCUAGUUUACCCACACAAGGGUCAUUUCUGGUUGAUAAACCUUAGUUUCAUUGAUUCUAAAAAAAAAAAAACAAACAAACAAAAAACAGGUGGUUGGUUGGGGAUACAUCUUUGAGAGAAUUCGAAAUCCAUAAUUAAUGAUGUCUAAAUAAAUCUGCUUAUACUGCAAAUUUAGCAUUUGCAGCAGAUAUUCUGCAGAAGUACUGCAGAUCUUGGAGGUCUACUGAAAAUGAAAUCUAUAAAACUUGCUGGGUUUUUUUGGGUUGGUUUUUUUUUGUACUUUUUAUUUGGUCAAAGAAAAAAAUGUUUAUUGUUCUAAAAGAUUUUUAAAUAUCGUUUGUUAACUUCACAACUUCUUCAUUUUCCAAAAUCCCAAAUUUGAUUAAUAAUAGAGAUAUGAAACAUUAGGACUAAGAAAUUGUAAAAUGGUUACAUAGAUUGUGGCACAAAGUGACUUGCCACCAAAUUGAAGCUUUUUUUUCCCAAGAAGAAAAAUAUGGUCAAUUCCCUUAUUGUACUUUCUACUUUGAGCAGAAAUGUAUUUAGUAUGAGCAGUUUCAUGAUGCAGAUAUGCACCAAUCAUUUUUUUUUAUUAAUUCCUUUGUGUAAUUUUAAAAAAAUCUGAUUUAUUUAAACCGUCAUGUACUCCUUCUUAGAUUACUUGGAGGAACUGUGGGUGUGAGAUUAUGGAUAUCAAUAUGUGCUCAUUAUUUUGUCUUGGACAUGUGGACUUUGUAUUUAUAGGGUUGCUGUACAGAGAAAAUUUAGAAUAAAAGUAAUGUAUUAAAACAA